AUGGCGAGCAACAUGAUGAGAGCAGUCGAUGUGCAAGGCGGGUCGGGCGAGUCUGAAAACUUAUUCAUCAACCACGAAACACCGAAGCCGACAGCGCAACCAGGUCAAGCAGUGAUUAAGGUAAAAGCCUUCGGCGUUAAUCGCAUGGAUAUUUCACAGCGACGUGGCGGAUAUCCUGUACCACCACAGGCCCCUGCGACUCUCGGCGUGGAGUUCAGUGGACUGAUUGAGUCGCUCGGACCCGGUGAUCAUCGAGGGUUUCGGGAAGGGGACGAAGUGUUUGGACUCACAUACGGUGGCGCCUACGCCGAAUUUGUUGCCGUCAGCACGGGUAUGCUGCUGCGCAAGCCGCCCGGGCUGUCGUUCGCGCAGAGUGCUGCCAUCCCAGAGGCAUGGAUCACAGCAAUACAGGCAUUGCACGUGGUACUGGGGUUCGAGCGCGGGAAAACCAUUCUGUGGCAUGCCGGGGCUUCCGGUGUGUCCAUUGCGGGGAUUCAGCUGUCCCGGGCCGCAGGCGCGUCAGCUAUCUUUGCAACAGCGGGAACAGCGGCCAAGUGCACGCUGGUGUCCUCAGACCAGAUCGGCGCAACAUUGGCUGUCAACUACAAAACCCAGGACUUUGUGGAGGAAAUCAUGCAAGCCACAGGGGGUAAGGGUGUUGACUACAUUGCCGACUUCGUCGGUGGACCUUACUUUCAGCGCAACAUGGCGGUGGCAGCCCGGGACGCUCGCAUCGUCAUGCUAGGCCGUAUGGGUGGCAUGAAGGCUGCCGAAAUCGACCUUUCCCCGAUCCUCCACAAGAGAAUUCGUAUCGAAGGGAGCACGCUUCGCAGCCGGGACGAGACUUACCAGGAAGAGCUGAGGCGCCGGCUGGAAAGCUUCAUGCCUGGGUUCGCCUCUGGCACCUUCUCCGUUAUAUUGCACGAUACUUUGUCAUGGACAAGCAUCCAGGACGUACAUGGCAAGAUAGAACGCUCCGAAAACGCUGGCAAGAUUGUCUGUACUGUCGACUGA